UUCACAGAGUGUUUUGGUCCCGUGCUUUACUUGCACACGCUAGGCCCUAUUUUCAGCACCUUAAUGGACACAACGGGCAUGACAGGUACCUGUGUGUCCCACAGCACGUAGCACCCCGGGGGAAACUAGAGACACUCGAGGAGGCCAACGUACUAUGAGGAGACGAUUGUGAGCUAUGGAUAACUUUGAAUAUAGUAUUCAAAUCAGUGACCGUGACUGGGAGGAAUUUUACUCCACGGCUGAGGAAUGUGGCUUAAUGCAAGUGUCUUUGGCCACAGAGGAGGAACUUUUACUGAGUGAAACAGAACACGAAGAAACAAUAUGCUCAACAGCAACUAGCAAGCCAAAGUUUAUCCGUGUCAGCUUAUGUCCACCAGUGGGAGACCACAGGGAACCCCAGACCAUGCCAGUAGCCUUGUCUCCACCAAGACAUUCACUCUACAAAUGGAUAGGUUCAAGUGAUGAUGUGUUGUCUGGUAGUGAGGAUGAGGAGGAGUUUGGAUCAGUCGCUAGAUUUCUGUGUCAGAAAGAGACUCUGUUGUCCAAGAAGGUGGAAACAGAACAUAGAACAGACAUUCCAUGUCCAAAACCCAAGGACAAUUAUUUAACCAUAGAAAAAUCACAAGACAGGGCAGUUAAUGAAAGUCUUGUAGAAUGUAUGAGGUCUCACAGCACAAGGUUGAAACACCAUAAUGAAAGGGACAGGGAGGAUAUCCAAGCUCAAAGCACAGAAAGAAUAAUUCCCUCUGUAAUUUCUAAUGGAGAGUCAGAAAGGGGGCACCCCAACGAAAGACUUUCUGUAGCUACUAAUAAUCCAUCUAGAACCAGUGCUCAGUUACUUUUUUCAAAAGAUUUGCUUGAUAUUUCAAAAGAUAAUCAAAGUUGUAUCAUGGUAAACAACCCUUCCUUAUCAGAGUUUCUACCGAAUGGACACAUCCCGGGUAUAACAUAUACAACAGAGGAUCCUCAAAGGUGUUAUUUGCCAAGUCUUACCACUUUACAACCAAGCAAUGAAAAUUAUGACCAACCGACUUCUAAAAAUGAAAGUUAUGGCUUUAAAAACACAAAUUCAACUCUUUAUAGUAUGGACAACCAUGUUUCUACUAAAAACCUUAUCAAAGCCAAUGUGACACAAUAUGAUACCCAGGACUGCAUCCCACUCUUUACAACCAAAGCCCAUGGAGAUUCCUCAGCCGUGCAGCAAAAUAUUCCAGUUCCCCUGAUUGAAAAUUUGGAUUUAUCCAGAACUCAGUCAAAGAUACAAGAGCCAGACACCAAAGUCAUUAUGAGUUCACAUGAGUUGGGUUUUGACCAGUAUAGACUUCCCAGAGCUGAGGGUACCAAUCCUGUGUGCAGCCUGGUACCUGCUACAAUAAGUGGGCAUACUGUGUUAAGUAGGAGCCUAUCAACAACACAACGCCAGUCACCAUCAUAUAGAAAUACAGCCCUUACCCUUCCUGAAAUGUAUGACUUUUUCUUUGAUGAUGUUUCAGAAUCUGGAAUUGUUGAGACUGGAACAAAUAUGGCAAGUCAAGAAGCAAUACAAGAAGCAGUCGUGUACACACCAGAUAUGUAUGAAUAUUUCUUUGUGGAAGAGGAUGAACAUACAAAAAAAAACGAAAGACCAUAAACCAAAAGAAUCAAAUGUUAAUGUAGAUGAACCUUCAUCACCUACAGUUGUUGCCACUUGGCCUGAAGCCUGUGAGUUUUUUUUUGCUGAUGGACCUCAGCAUCAGGACAGGGAAGGCAUCUUAAUCAGUAUACCGCCUGCCCCAAGGGCCACCAGCCUUUUCCAGUCUAUUGUUCCUGAAAGACUACAAGAAUAUGCAGCAAGACAUGCUUAUCAUGGCAGAGGGGGGACGUUCAUUCCUCAUUUGAACCAUGGGACGUCUGAAGAGACAAAUGAACCAACAACGGGCUCUCUUGUUCCAUAUUUAUCCCCCAGCCGGAGGGACGCAUGCUUGAUGCUUCUAGCUCUUGCAUCUUGGGCUGUAAAAUCUUCAGACUUGCAGUCUUCAGAUGGAUGGAAAACAGCUCUAGUUGCAAACAUUGGCGCUGUCUCUGCCAUUCGCUACUUACGAAGGCGCAGGAGAACCUGGCAGGGGCCGACAUUGGAGCCUUUGGAAGAGAUUUAAAUGUCCAACCAACAAGGUGGACUGUAGAUAAAAGGAAUUGACAGGGUUGCACUGGAAUUACAGCAAUUUGGAUACAAAGGCCUCUAAUCUGCAUGCAGAUUUCUCUGUAGCUCAUAGAUUUUUCCUUUUUAUUACUGAAAACAAUAUUAGGUCAAUAAGGUAAACUCGCUGCUUCAGUAUUGAAUGUUUCCACAAAUUGGACAAUUUUAUUUCACAGCACCUGGUGGACAAUGCUGAUUGAACAAGUAUAUCAGAGAAACUUGGCAUGA